AUGGUGAAGUGUGGGGCAUGUGGGGACUACAGACUGCAGCAGGGACCUGUUGAAGAUGUCUGUGAACACCUCUGCCAGCUGAACUGCACACACCCUGAGAACACGGCCAGGGAUGCCAUCAGGUCCAGGAGCCUUGUAGCGGGAGGAGAACAAGAGAAGGAGCAGAAGGCAGUGGCGAGGGACAUGGCCAGAAGACAGCUGCUCUGCUCUCUGCUGCUGUGUGUCAUCACUCAGGUGUGCUGCCAACCUUGUGUUGGGCCCUGUCAGUGCCCUCCCAGCAUGCCGCGCUGCCCGGCGGGGGUCCCCUUGGUGUCAGACGGCUGUGGGUGCUGCAGGCUGUGCGCCCGGCAGGAGGGCGAGGCCUGUGGCCCCCGGCGGCCCUGUGAUGCCUCCCGGGGCCUGCAGUGUGACCUCAGCGCCAGCUUCCCUGGGGAGCCGGGACAGUGUGUUGGUGGAAACCAGCUGGGCUGUGAGCUGGAUGGCAGGAGGCUGGAGGAGGGGGAGGUGUUUCAACCGUCCUGUGCCCAGCUGUGCCACUGCAUGGGUGGGGGGGUGACCUGUGUGCCCCUGUGCAGCGAGGAUCUGCAGAGGCCUGCUGAGGGGUGCACCCGCCCUCAGCUACUCAGACUGCCAGGCCGCUGCUGCAGGGAGUGGGUGUGUGAAGGCCGGGACAACAGCAUCGUCCCCAACCCCCCUGCAGCAGAUGAGCCGGGGGGUGGGCUGUCUGGCCCGCCGUUUGGCUCCAUCUCCAACUGCAUCCACUGGAGCUCAGACUGGAGCCCCUGCUCCCACAACUGUGGCCCCGGGGUCUCCACCCGGAGCACCAAUAGGAACUGGGCCUGCCGCCUGCAGACUGAGGCCAGACUGUGCCAGGUCCGGCCCUGCCAGACUCUGCCGAGGCUCCGCAGGCUGCAGCCGGGUCCGGGGGGGGGGUGUGAGAGCAGCUACAGUUCCCCUCUGCCGGACCAGCUGGAGCACCAGGGCUGCAGGAGCACCAGAGCCCACCGGCCCCGCUACUGCCCCCCCAGCUGCAGCCCCUCCCUUACCAGGACCGUGCGGGUGGUUUUCCGUUGUCCCCAGAACAGGCUGACCCUGCAGCAGGUGAUGGUGAUCGAGUCCUGCUCCUGCAACCCCUCCCCCUGCCGCAGGCCGCGCUGCCCUGCCCUGGCUAUGAGCUGCAUCUGAGGAAAGGGACUCAACACACACCGGGAUGUAAAGUAACUAAGUACAUUUACUCAAGUACUGUACUUAAGUGCAAAUGUAAGAUACUUGUACUUUAAAUGAGUAUCUCAAUAUAUUUGCUACUUUGUACUUCUACUCACUCCGCUGCAAUUCAGAGGUAAAUAUUGUACUUCGACUCCAUUAAUUGAAUGCCUUUAGUUACUUUACAGAUUUGAAUUAAUGAUGUGAAAUAUAAUCAACUCUUAAAUCAGACUUUAAGUAUAUUUUUGAUGCUAUUACUUUUCUACUUUAACUUGAGUAACAUCUGCAAUUCAUGACUUUUACUUGUAACAGAGUAUUGCAACACUCUGGUACUUCUACUUAAGUACAAGAUCUUAGUACUUCCCCCCCUCUGCAUACACACAUGAUGGUUUAACCAGGGUUUUAAAUGAGGGAAGUGUUCAAAUCAGGACGGAAAACAAGAUAUGAAAGUAUCUGUGAGAAUGUAUCCAGAUGUUGUGUAAAUGGAAACUCAACAAGUCAUACGAUUAAAGUUGU